UGGGCAAAAUGGGCAGGUCCAUUUUGUCCUUUGGCGGAACGCAAUUGCAGAAAGGAGGGCGUCUUUUUGCUAAAUUGGAAGCUCCUCGGAGUGCCCUUUUAAUCUCCCAUGUGGCAACUCGGGUUUAUAACUGCCUAUAAGAGAAGGUGCUCUGCAGGUCCAUGGGGACAAUACUGGCCAGUUUCUCGUGCGUCCUUCACCCAUAAUGUUUCCAAUUUGCUGAGGCUUUGUAGGAAAUUGCUGGACCGAUACCACCAGUGCAUUAUGUGUAUUCUUCAGCAACAUGGUGCAUGCUCAGGUUACACUUAAAAGCAGCCCUUGGAGAAUAGUGGACGACUGCGGUGGCGCUUUCACAAUGGGAGCCAUUGGUGGUGGCAUCUUUCAAGCUGUCAAAGGAUUCAGAAAUUCCCCAGUGGGUGUAAAUUAUCGGUUGCGGGGUAGUUUGACAGCUAUUAAAACCAGAGCACCACAGUUGGGAGGUAGUUUUGCUGUGUGGGGUGGUCUCUUCUCCAUGAUUGACUGCAGUAUGGUGAAAGCAAGAGGAAAAGAAGAUCCUUGGAAUUCCAUCACUAGUGGUGCCUUAACCGGAGCUAUUUUAGCUGCAAGAAAUGGGCCAGUUGCCAUGGUUGGGUCUGCAGCUAUGGGAGGAAUUCUUCUCGCUUUAAUUGAAGGAGCUGGUAUCCUAUUAACGAGGUUUGCAUCUACACAGUUUCCAAAUGGCCCUCAGUUUACAGAAGACCCAUCUCAGUUGCAGACCUCUCCAUUUGGGGACUAUAGGCAGUAUCAAUGAUUUUGUGUGUCCUCCUGUUUUGUGCGGUACAACAAAUUGUCAUCCUUUAUGAACGAGCAAAAUGCAGCGUUAUUUGAAGACUUUUCGUUGGAUGUGUGCACCUUGGUUUUCUGUACUUUUCACAAUAUUUAAAAGAUAAUUAUGAAUAGUAGGAUUCUAUUAUUGCAAAGUGGACAUGAGGUGCUUGAAAAACUCUCUAAUUAAGCCUUGUGGUAAGAGGAUCAAGCAAUGUAUUACAGAAAGAAAGGAACCUGUGGCCUUUACAGUGUAGCAUUUAUCACACUGGUGCCAAUUUUAAGGAAAAGAACAGUCAUACUGCAAUAGAGCUGCCUAGCCCAAGAUCUGAUGUCUUCCACAAGAGUGGACUAGUAUCAGGGCAAAUGAGGCUGUCUGCUUUCAGUUGUAUACUAGACAAUUGGAAUUAGGGACAGAAGUGAAUAGGGAGUAUUUAUUUUCUUCCUCCUCCUUACUAUCUUUAAUGCACAGACAGGUGUGAGAGGUGGUAAUUAUUUUUCUUAAUACAGUGGUCCAACAUAAGCACUCAAAGGGAUAUAUUCAUAGCAGAACUACUGAAGAUAGUUCAUAAAAACUCUACCAUUUCUUUGCAGAGUACCUAAGGACUUCAGUUUGCUUUCUCCAGAGUUGUCCUGGGCUACAGGACACUCACGUUUGAAUGGCCAUUUUGCAUCCUUUACAAUUAGAUCUUGUAUGUAAUCCACAUAUUAAUGUAAGAGUGGAAUGUUGAUCAUUUUAUGGUGUAAUUUGCACGUUGUAGGGUCUACUUCUCAAACGAGAGAAGUAUUCAGAGUAAAUCUAUUACCCCCAAAACGUAUUCAACACUUGCACAGCCUGAAUAUCUCUUUAACACUUUGAAUGGACUUUCCACAUCCAAAUAUGAAUUGACAAUAUAUUACAUCCACAGUCUUCUUAACUGGAUCAAUGAUGAUUACUUUUGCCUAAAUUAAAAUCUGUUUGCAGGUGUCUAUAAAUGUGGAAAAUUGAACAAUCUGAAAUACUCCUGCUAUUCCAGUCAUUCAGCAUUGUUCAGUGUUCCUCGUUACUGACCGUGCUUUUCCAUUAAAUGUGGUUAUUUAUAAAUGUCA